GUCACAGAUCCCAGCAUAGGAUCCCAGAAUAUUGGAUAUAAAUAAUAAUAUAAAUAUUUAUUUGAAUAAUUUGAAUUUUGAUUUGAAUCUGUCGCCUGUAACUCAUGGAGUUUGGUUGGAUUUAUAUUUUGGGUUUUUGAGGAGCCGUUGCGUGAAAAAUUGAAGUUUGAUAAGGAAUAAAUACAUGGAUGAAAAAUAGGAAUUAGGUACUUGGACUAUGAAGUGAGGUUAUAAAAUCUUGUUGAAAUGGAGGAAAUUUAGUAUUGUAGAAGGAUAUUUGUGAAAAUGUGUAUUUUGUUUUUGCACGUGGAUCCAGAUCCAAAAGAAGGAGAUUAUAGGCUUGUUAUAGCAACCAACAGAGAUGAAUUUUAUCGUAGGCCUGCUCAGCCAGCUUUUAAAGAUGAAUGGAAUAUCAUUGCAGGCAGAGAUUUGGAAAAGGGAAAAGAAGGUGGAAUGUGGCUGGGUUUCCGUUCUAGCGACCAAGAAAAUGGUAAGGGCAAAAAACACCGUUUCUCUUGCCUUCUGAAUGUAACGGGAGCAAUUUCUGAAAAUGCCUGCGGACGAGGUUUCAUUGUCUCAGACUACUUGAAGUCGCAAAAAGAAUUUCCACAGUAUGCCAAGCAGUUGAAUGAAAAAACACAUAGUGGAUUCAACUUUGUGGCUGUUGAAUUAAGUAAAGAUGAUACUACUGUUUUUCAUCACAGCAAUCUUCCCCAAUCCGUUUCUAUAUAUCCCGGAAAACAAACACUCGCUUUUGGCAAUAGCCCAAUUUAUAGUCCAUAUACCAAAGUACUUAUAGGAAGAUAUCAGUUUUUAGACAUUCUAGCAAAAGGGCUCAAUAAAGACGAAUUGGAGAAAGAACUGAUAGAAUUACUAAGGGAUAGAACAAGGCAUCUGCCAGACUUAGAACUGCAUAAGCGUAAACCUGAAGCUCAUGAACCUCUGAGUUCAAUAUUCAUUGAAAUUGAUCCACCAGGAUAUGGAACUAGGACUCACACUGUGAUUUUAAUUGAUUACAACUGGAAUUUGGAAUUCAUUGAGUAUACGAUGGAAGAGCCCAUCAAUAUAAGUAAUCCUAAAUGGAACGUUACUAGGAUCAAAUCCAGGCUGUGAUUGGUCUUCUUCUACAUGUGAUGUAUUUUAUUUAUUGAAUAAAUUAUGUUUUGUUGGUAUUUCUACAAUAGAUAAUUUGGGUAUAAGUGGUCUGAGAGAUACCUUUGCUGAAUG